AUGGAUAUUUCGAAACCAGUUGGUUCAGAAAUCAAGUCUGUGGAUUUUGGUGUUUUGUCUGAUAAUGAAAUCAAAAGAUUAUCAGCCAAGCAAAUCACCAAUCCUACAGUUUUUGACAACUUAGGCCACCCUAUAAAUUCUGGGCUUUAUGAUUUGGCAUUAGGUGCUUUCCUCAGAAAUGUUUGUACCACCUGUGGUUUGGAUGAAAAGUUUUGUCCUGGACAUAUGGGUCAUAUCGAAUUACCAGUCCCUGUUUACAACCCAUUGUUCUUCAACCAAUUAUACAUUUUGUUGAGAGCUUCUUGUCUUUACUGUCACAAGUUUAAAUUGAAUGCAUUGGAAGUUCACAAGUACCAAUGCAAGUUGAGAUUGAUCCAAUACGGGUUGUUAUUGGAAUGUGUUGACUUGGAAAACAUGUUGGCUAAAGGUGCCCAAGAAAUUGAAGACGAUGACGACGACAAUGAUACCCUUGAUCAAAAGACCAAGCAAGAAUUAAUGGAGCGUCGUGAGUUGUUUGUUAAUACUGCUAUUGCCAAGGCUCUUAGUGAAGGUAGAACCAGCGAACGUGGUGUUGUCACUGCUACUGUUGGUGAAGAAAGAAAAGACACCAUCCACGAUUUCUACAAAAGAUUGUUGAGUAGACCAAAGUGUGACAAUUGUGGGAUGUAUUCUCCAACCUUCAGAAAAGACGGUUUCACCAAGAUCUUUGAAAAUGCAUUGACCGAUAAGCAAGUCAGUAAUAACCGUGUCAAAGGAUUACAGCGUCCUGAUAUGAUUAGAAACACCAAGGGAAAUUCCAAUACUUCUUCGGGUGACAACCUUCCAAAUAUCAGACACAAGGGAGGUUCCAAAUAUGUCUUGUCCUCAGAAAUUAGAAACAUUAUUAGAGCUGUGUUUACAAAUGAACAACCUAUAAUUCAAAAGGUCUUCCAUUCCAGACCAUACCAAAAGGAAAUUGUCAAGGGUGAUAUUUUCUUUAGACAAUGCAUUUUGGUUCCACCAACCAGAUUCAGAUUACCUUCUAAAUUAGGUGAUGAAAUCCACGAAAAUUCCCAAAAUGAACUUUUAUCCAACAUUCUCAAGACCUCUUUGUUAAUCAGAGAUUUGAAUGAUCAAAUUUCUAACAUGUACCAAGAGAAAUUGAGCGGUGAACAAAAGAAGAUUAUUUUCAACAGAUUAAUGAAUGCCUUUGUUACUAUUCAAAAUGACGUGAAUGCGUUCAUUGAUUCCACCAAGAACCAAAAUGCACCAGCUGGUAAGGUUCCAAACCCAGGUAUCAAACAAGCCUUGGAAAAGAAGGAAGGGUUAUUCAGAAAACAUAUGAUGGGUAAAAGAGUUAACUAUGCUGCUAGAUCCGUCAUUUCUCCUGAUCCUAACUUGGAAACCAACGAAAUUGGUGUUCCACCAGUUUUCGCCAAGAAGCUAACCUACCCAGAACCAGUUACUUCUUAUAAUGCAUCUGAAUUAAGACAAGCUGUUAUAAAUGGUCCUGAUAAGUGGCCUGGUGCAGUUCAAGUGCAAAACGAAGAUGGUUCUUUGGUUUCCUUGAUUGGUAUGAGUUUAGAACAACGUAAGGCUAUUGCCAAUCAAUUGUUAACUCCUUCCAACGGUGCAUCCGUUGUCAACAAGAAGGUCUAUAGACAUAUCAAGAACAAGGAUGUGGUUAUUAUGAAUCGUCAACCUACUUUGCAUAAAGCUUCUAUGAUGGGUCAUAAAGUUAGAGUGUUACCCGGUGAAAAAACCUUAAGAUUGCAUUAUGCCAAUACUGGUGCUUAUAAUGCCGAUUUCGAUGGUGAUGAAAUGAAUAUGCAUUUCCCACAAAAUGAAAAUGCCAAAGCUGAGGCCUUGAACUUGGCCAAUACCGAUAACCAAUAUUUAACUCCAACCUCUGGUUCUCCAUUAAGAGGGUUGAUUCAAGAUCACAUUUCUGCUGGUGUUUGGUUGACUAGCAAGGACACUUUCUUUACCAGAGAAAUUUAUCAACAAUUAGUUUAUGGAUGUAUUAGACCUGAAGAUGGCCAUACCACUAGAAAUAGAAUUAUUACUGUUCCACCUGCCGUUUUCAAGCCUCAACAAUUAUGGACUGGUAAGCAAGUUAUCACUACUAUUUUGUUAAACAUCAAGCCUGAUGGGGUUCCUGGUGUUAACUUAAUCUCCAAAAACAAGAUUAAGAGUGACUAUUGGGGUGCUGGAUCUACUGAAAACGAUGUGAUCUUCAAAAAUGGUGAAUUACUUUGUGGUAUUUUAGACAAGUCCCAAUAUGGUGCUUCUCAAUACGGUAUUGUCCAUUCCUUACAUGAAGUCUAUGGUCCUACAGUUGCCGGUAAGGCUUUGAGUGUCUUGGGUAGAUUAUUCACCAACUAUAUCAUGAUGACUGCAUUCACGUGUGGUAUGGAUGAUUUGAGAUUAACCAACGAAGGUAAUGAAUGGAGAAAGGAAAUCUUGAAACAAUCAGUUGAUAUUGGUAGAGUUGCUGCUGCUGAAGUCACCAACUUGGACCAAGAUACUUCCAAUCAUGAUCCCGAGUUAUUGAGAAGAUUGGAAGAAAUCUUGCGUGAUGAUAAUAAGCUUGGUAUUUUGGAUGCAAUCACUCAAUCCAAGGUUAACACUAUUACUUCUCAAGUUGUUUCCAAGUGUGUUCCUGACGGUACUAUGAAGCGUUUCCCAUACAAUUCUAUGCAAGCUAUGGCUCUUUCCGGUGCCAAGGGUUCCAACGUUAACGUUUCUCAAAUUAUGUGUCUUUUAGGGCAACAAGCUUUAGAAGGUAGAAGGGUGCCAGUCAUGGUUUCAGGUAAGACUUUGCCAUCAUUUAAGCCAUUUGAAACUGAUGCUCGUGCUGGUGGUUAUAUCAAGGGUCGUUUCUACUCCGGUAUUAGACCUCAAGAAUACUAUUUCCAUUGUAUGGCUGGUAGAGAAGGUUUGAUUGAUACUGCUGUCAAGACUUCCAGAUCUGGUUAUUUACAAAGAUGUUUGACUAAACAAUUAGAAGGUGUUCAUGUCAGUUAUGAUAACUCGGUUAGAGACGGUGAUGGUACUUUGAUCCAAUUCCUUUACGGUGGUGAUGCAAUUGAUACUACUAAGCAAUCGCACAUGAAUCAAUUCAAAUUCUGUGCUGACAAUUACGACGCGUUAUUGGCCAAGUACAACCCAGGUGAUAUGACUGACAAUUUGGAUGUUGAAGAAGCACUUUCCUACUCCAAGAAGGUACGUAAAUCAUUGAAGAAACAAAAGGAAUUACCUCAUUACGAACAACAAAUCAAGUAUGAUCCAGUAAUGAAUGUUUAUAACCCUGCUAAAUAUUUGGGUUCUGUUUCCGAAAAGUUCCAAGAUAAAUUAGACGCCUUUGUUAGUGAAAACUCACAAAUAUUUGCCAAGAACAAGGAAGAAGCCAAAUCUACUGGUAAGUUGACCGAAAAGAAGUUCAGAGCCUUGAUGCAAUUGAAAUACAUGAGAUCUUUGAUCAACCCAGGUGAAUCAGUCGGUAUUAUUGCCUCGCAAUCUAUUGGGGAACCUUCUACACAAAUGACAUUAAAUACUUUCCAUUUCGCUGGUCACGGUGCUGCCAAUGUGACAUUGGGUAUUCCUCGUAUGAGAGAAAUUAUUAUGACUGCUUCUGCUGCUAUCAAGACUCCACAAAUGACCUUGCCAAUCUUGGAUGAUGUUACUGAUGAUCAAGCUGAUGCCUUCUGUAAAUCUGUUGCUAGAGUUGUUUUAUCUGAAUUCAUUGACCGAGUCACUGUUACAGAAACUACUUCUCAAUCUGAAGAUGGUACUAAUUCACGUUCUUACGUUAUUCAUUUGAAAUUCUACUCCAAGCAAGAAUAUGAGCAAGAGUAUGAUGUUGAACAAGAACAAUUGGAAGAUGUUAUUACCACCAAUUUCUUGCAUGCUCUUGAACAACAAAUUGUCAAGGAAGUCAAGAAGCAAAAGAAGCCAGAUCAUUUACCAACUGUUGGUAAAUCUGCUGGUAAGACUGAUAUGGAGUCUGUUCUGGGUAGAGUCAUGGAUGGUACUACUAAUGAUGACGAAGAUGCCGAAGAAGAAAAGAUGCGUGGUAAUGUUAAACAAGCUGUUUCUUAUGAUGGUCCAGAUGAUGAAGAAAUUGAAACUAUGAAGAAAGCCGAAGAAACCAGUGAUGAGGAAAUGGAAGAUUCUGAUUCUGACGAUUCUUCAAGUGAUGAAGAAGAAGAAGAUGUUGACAUGAAGCCAGAAACUGCCAAGAAAUCUAAUGAGCUUUCUCGUUCUGCCAAGGACCGUCAAUCUGAAGUCAUUGCUUCUCAUAACAUGGUCACCAAAUUCAACUUCGAUGAUGAUGAAGGUGAAUGGUGUGAAUUCCAAUUAGAAUUAAACGGUAACGAAACCCAAAAGUUGUUGAUGGUCAAUAUUGUUGAAGAUUUGUGUCGUCGUGUUGUUGUCAGAGAAAUUCCACGCAUUGGUAGAUGUAUUCGUCCACAACCAGAUGCCAAGGGUAACAGACUCCUCACCACCGAAGGUGUCAACUUCAAAGCUAUGUGGGAUCAAGAUGAUUUCAUCAAUGUCAACAAUAUCACUUCUAACGAUGUUGCUGCUGUAUUACAUACUUAUGGUGUUGAGGCUGCUCGUAACACUAUUGUCAAUGAAAUAUACCGAGUUUUCGAUACCUAUGGUAUCAGUGUUUCUUCUCGUCAUUUAGAUUUGAUUGCUGAUAUGAUGACCAGAGAAGGUACUUACCUUGCUUUCAAUAGACAAGGUAUAGAUAGUGGUACAUCUGCAUUCAUGAAGAUGUCCUAUGAAACUACAUGUCAAUUCUUAACCAAGGCCGUCUUGGAUGGUAACCGUGAAGAAUUGGAAUCUCCUUCUGCAAGAAUUGUUUUAGGUAAAUUAUCAAAUGUUGGUACUGGUUCGUUUGAUGUUUUUGCCCAAAUACCAAAAGGUAAUUAG